GGAUAACAGAUCUGCUUGGGGAGAUUUUUUUCUCCUAGCUGUUUUGGAGACCUGACACUAAAGGUGAUCCAGACAACUGCAGUGGUGGUGUGGGGGACAGCGGCAAGAAACAGCUGCUGGCCAGCUGCAGUUUGAAGAUAGAAGUGACCCGGUUGCCAGCAGCUCACAGAUCCCCAAGGUUCGGGGCUGAACACCUGGAACGGUAGAGUGGCUGUUCGCUGAUCGUUGUGAAAACUGUGUGAGGGGUACCCAGCCCUUUGGAAGAUGCUUAUGGUAGCCGUGUGUGUGGCCCUCGUGGGCUGCCUGCAGGCCCAGGAGCUCCAGGGACACGUCUCCAUCAUCCUGCUGGGAGCCACGGGAGACCUGGCGAAGAAGUACUUGUGGCAGGGACUUUUCCAGCUCUACGUAGAUGAGGUGGGGAAGGACCAUAGUUUCAGCUUUCACGGGGCCGCUCUGACGGCCCCCAAGCAGGGCCAGGAGUUAAUGGCCAAGGCCCUGGAGUCCCUCUCCUGCCCCAAGGACAUGGAGCCCAGUCACUGCAUGGAACUCAAGGACCAGUUCCUGCGGCUGAGCCAGUACCGCCAGCUAAAGACGGUCGAGGACUAUGAGACCCUGGCCAAGGACAUUGAGGCACAGGUCAAGGAGGAGGGCCUCCGGGAGACUGGCAGGAUUUUCUACUUCUCUGUGCCACCUUUUGCCUAUGUGGACAUUGCCCGCAACAUCAACAGCAGCUGUCGGCCAGGCCCGGGCUCCUGGCUGCGGGUAGUCUUUGAGAAACCCUUUGGCCACGACCACCUCUCAGCCCAGCAGCUGGCCACUGAACUUGGUAGCUUUUUCCAGGAGGAAGAGAUGUAUCGGGUGGACCACUACCUGGGCAAGCAGGCUGUGGCUCAGAUCCUGCCCUUCCGCGACCAGAACCGCAAGGCCCUAGACAGCCUCUGGAACCGGCACCAUGUAGAGCGGGUGGAGGUCAUCAUGAAGGAGACGGUGGAUGCGGAAGGUCGCAUCAGCUUCUAUGAGGAGUAUGGCGUCAUCCGUGACAUCCUGCAGAACCACCUGACCGAGAUCCUCACGCUGGUGGCCAUGGAGCUGCCCCAUGACGUCAGCAGCUCCGCAGCCGUGCUGCAGCACAAGCUCCAGGCCUUCCGCGCCCUGCGGGGCCUGCACAGGGGCAGCGCCGUCCUGGGCCAGUACCAGGCCUACAGCGCACAGGCACGCAGAGAGCUGCAGAGGCCCGAGAGCUUCCACAGCCUCACACCCACCUUUGCAGGUGUCCUUGUGCACAUUGACAACCUGCGCUGGGAGGGCGUGCCCUUCAUCCUGAUGUCCGGCAAGGCCCUGGAUGAGAGAGUGGGCUACGUUCGGAUCCUGUUCAAGAACAGGGCAUUCUGUGUGCAUCGCGAGGGGCACUGGGCCCCAGAGCAGAGCCAGUGUCUGCCCCGGCAGAUCAUCUUCCACAUCGGGCACGGUGAGCUGGGUCAUCCUGCCAUCCUGGUCAGCCGGAACCUGUUCAGGCCAUCUGUGCCCGCGCAUGGCUGGAUGGAGCUGCAAGAGCGGCCUGGGCUCCAGGUUUUCGGCCGUCCCCUGUCCGAUUUCUAUGCCUAUAGCCCUGUAAAGGAGCGAGACGCCUACUCCAUCCUCCUGUCCCAUAUCUUCCAUUGCCGGAAGGAGUCUUUCAUCACCACAGAGAACUUGCUGGCCUCCUGGGUCUUCUGGACCCCAUUGCUAGACAGCCUGGCCCACGAGGUCCCACGCCUCUACCCAGGGGGAGCGGAGACUGGCCACCUGCUGGACCUAGAGUUUAAUGGCGGCCACCUGACCUUCUCCCAGCAGCAGCCUGAGCAGCUGGUGCCAGGGCCAGGGUCAGCCCCGAAGCCCAGUGACUUCCGGGUCCUCGGGACCAGGUACCGAGAGAGCCCGCUGAUCUCAGCCUGGCCAGAGGAACUGAUCUCCAAGCUGGCCAGUGACAUCGAGGCCACUGCUGUGCAGGCCGUGCGGCGCUUUGGCAAGUUCCACCUGGCUCUGUCGGGUGGCUCGAGCCCCAUCGCUCUGUUCCAGCAGCUGGCCAUGGGCCACUACAGCUUCCCCUGGGCCCACACACACCUGUGGCUGGUUGACGAGCGCUGUGUCCCUCUGUCAGAUCCCGACUCCAACUUCCAGGGCCUGCAGUCUCACCUGCUGCAGCACAUCCGCGUGCCCUACUACAACAUCCACCCCAUGCCUGUGCACCUGCACCAGCGGCUGUGUGCUGAAGAGGACCAGGGUGCCCAGACUUACGCUGGCGAGAUCUCAGCUCUGGUGGCCAACAGCAGCUUUGACCUGGUGCUGCUGGGCAUGGGCACUGACGGGCACACGGCCUCCCUCUUCCCACAGUCGCCCACGGGCCUGGAUGGCGAGCAGCUGGUGGUACUGACCCAGAGCCCCUCCAGGCCUUACCAGCGCAUGAGCCUCAGCCUACCGCUCAUCAACCGGGCCAAGAAGGUGGCCGUCCUGGUCAUGGGCCGGACAAAGCGUGAGAUUACCAUGCUAGUGAGCCGCGUGGGCCAUGAGCCCAAGAAGUGGCCUAUCUCAGGUGUGCUGCCAAGCUCUGGCCAGCUGGUUUGGUACAUGGACUACGAGGCCUUCCUGGGAUGACCGGGCAUCCUUGCCCUGAUCACUCCUGGGCCUUUUAACCUGCCGUCCUCCCUCCCUCUGAAUGCCCCACCUGCCCUGUGUGUUCCUGCUCUCUGGAAGCUGAGAUGAGGCCCAGAGAGGAGAGGACAAAGCCCUGUCCCAGCCCCUUGGACGGUCACUCACACCUGGUAUUAGGGGAAAGAUGCAGGGGCAGGGAGAUAGAGACCCUGCUCUGGGUCAGGAGAGAAAGUUUAAGAAAGGCUCUCAUGGGAUCCACCAGCAAAAUAAGCCUGGAGCGGCCUGGGGGUAGCAGGAGAGCCCUUGCCCUGAGCUACUGUGAGCCCCUGGGGUCCAUCCCCAGCACUGCCAAAAACACACAUUGAGAAAAGAAAGCUACGAACUGUCUCUGCGGAAAAGGGGGACCUGGGUUGGUGGCGAGAAGGGUACAGAGGGCCUCAUGGGUGUGGUGCCUUGGGCCAACCCCGAGCCACUCAGCACUGCCUCAGGUUCAGCCCACCCUUGGGUCCUUUCCUAGGCAGCUCCCCUAGGAAGCUGUCCUCUGGCCCUUUCCUGUUCCUUGCUGUCCCCCUCCCCCCGCCUGUCCUAAUGCAGAGAGGUAACUGAGAUAUCAGAAAGUCUCCAGACUACUGUUGGGGGCUCUUUUGCUCCCCUGAGGGCUGCUCCCCGGCUUCUCCACCUGUUCAGGGUUCCCUGACUUCUGGAAGCCAGAGGCUAACAUUACCUGUUUUUCUGAACCCCUUGGCGGAGGCUCUGAAAUUCCUUUUAAGGAAGCCAACAACAAAAAACAGAACUCCCAAGACUCAGGGCUUUGAAUGGUUGAGUCCAGUCUCUGUGUGACGGUCCCCUGAGCUGUCUGGCCAUGGAGGCCCAGUGUCUUGCGGAGUUUUUAUUUGGUGGGGAGAGACCACUCGGCAUUAUUUGCACUUCCUUCUAGGCCAUGCGUUGAAAUCAGUUCUCUCUUUCCCUUGGGGACUGGUGCGGGGGGCCUAGCCAGACCUCCAUAGGAAAGGCAGCCUUGUUCAAAUUCUGCUUACCUCUCCCCCAGCGGCCUGGGGUGCCAGGACAGACAUUCCUAUACUAAGAAAGCUCCGCCUAGCAGAGCCAAAGCCCUGGUUGGGGAGCUGACACAGGUGAUAUCUGGGAAGUUCUACAUCCAGCCACCCGAGGGCGCCCACACACUGCCACAGGACCAACUGUGCCUUACCUGUCCUUCCAGGUCAGCCCGCUAGGGUCCUUGGUCCCAGCGCUUGCCCAUCUGUUCUUUAGGAACAAAUUUCGUUGGUAGUGAUGCCAGGAUUGCUGUAGAAGGAAGGGUGGACAGGCAUCGUGUCACGAUUUCUGAAUAAUACUGAGUCACCGAUGGCCCGAGCCUCAGAGGGUCCGUUUUCAUGCAGAGAACCCUUGUUGCUUCUCCAUCCUGGGUCGGGAGCAGAGGGGUCCAGAUCCGGAUGGAAGCAUCUGGCAGGUGCCCUUAUGGACCACGGUGUGCAGCGAGAAAGAUGCUUCGUGCUACCCGUCAGUCACAUCUGCCCACAAAUCUGUGUCUUAAGCCAAGCUUCACAAAGGAGUUCUUCCUCUUCA